UGCCGCUACUGGAACAGAGGAGGCGGAAGAGAAAGUCCCUCGGGUUGAUGAUUGUGUGACUGCGGACGUCGAUUCCAGGAACACCUAAAAGAGCAGCUCCAGUUCAUUUCAACGCUGUUUACAUUGGUCUCUCAAGUGGAAAACAACACAUAAUUGCCCAAAAAAUAUCGGGGGGCCAUGGAGUUGAAUGGCAAAGAGGAACUCAAAGGACCCGUGUUGCAUAUCGUGGUAGUCGGAUUUCACCACAAGAAAGGCUGUCAGGUGGAAUACUCCUACCCUCCCCUCAUCCCUGAGGAGGGCCAUGACAGCAACAACCUGCCUGAGGAGUGGAAGUACCUGCCUUUCCUUGCCCUGCCUGACGGAGCACACAACUACCAAGAAGACACCGUGUUCUUCCACCUCCCUCCUCUCACUGGAGCAGAUGUGAAGUGUGUGUAUGGAGUCUCCUGCUAUCGCCAAAUAGAAGCUAAGUCCCUGAAGGUCCGUCUGGCUGACGUCACCAGGGAGACGGUCCAGAAGAGUGUGUGUGUCCUCAGUCAAGUGCCUCUGUACGGUCUCCUCCAAGCUAAACUACAGCUCAUCACACACGCCUACUUUGAGGAGAAAGACUUCUCACAGAUUUCGAUAUUGAAGGAAUUGUAUGAACACAUGAACAGCUCUCUGAGAGGGACGGCUCUAGAGGGAUCCCAAGUGUUCCUGGGUAUGUCACCAAGAGAUUUAAUACUGCACUUUCGACACAAGGUUCUGAUCCUCUUCAAGCUGAUUCUGCUGGAGAAGAAGGUCCUGUUCUACGUGUCUCCAGUCAACAGGCUAGUAGGAGCUCUGAUGACCGUACUGUCUCUGUUCCCAGGUAUGAUCGAGCACGGCCUGGCUGACUCCUCCCACUACCGGCCCAAGAGCAGCGUCUCCGAGGAGAUCACACUAGGACACUGUGUGUCUGGGGCAGAGGACUUGGUCUCUGUUUCCGUCACUGACAUCACCAACGCUACCGUGGAGCUAAUGGGGGAGGAGGGCUUCGGAGAGGACCACACCACCUCCAUCGUGAAGGCUUCACAGAGGACAUCGCCUUCCCCAGAGACCUCCACCCCAGCUAGGGAGAACACCCAGCUGAAGCCCCCCUCCCGGACUUCCCCAGAGACCUCCACCCCAGCUAGGGAGAACACCCAGCUGAAGCCCCCCUCUCGGACUUCCCCCGACUCCUCGGAGAGCGACUGGGAGACACUGGAUCCCAGUGUUUUGGAGGAAGGGACUAGUGACUCUGAGACAGGGGGUUCAGGGGGUCUGGAGACAGGUAUCCCCAUCACGGUGCAGCCCCAGGGCCUGUCGGCAGGGCCAGGAGGCCAGGGAGCCGUCUCUCAGGGCUUGGUGUCUGGACUGGAAGAGGACCAAUAUGGCCUGCCACUCGCUAUCUUCACCAAGGGUUACCUGUGCCUGCCCUACAUGGCCUUGCAGCAGCACCACCUACUGUCAGAUGUCACGGUGCGCGGCUUUGUUGCCGGGGCAACCAAUAUCCUCUUCCGUCAGCAGAGGCACCUGAGCGACGCAAUCGUUGACGUGGAGGAAGCUAAGCUCCAGAUCGGGGACCCUGAGUUGAGGAAGCUGCUAGGCCUGACCACGGCUGACCUGCGUUUUGCUGACUACCUGGUCAAACACGUGACAGAGAACCGCGAGGACGUGUUUCUGGAUGGGACCGGCUGGGAGGGAGGGGACGAGUGGAUCAGGGCCCAGUUUGGACUCUAUAUACACUCCCUCCUAUCCUCUACCUUACUAGAAGAUAAUGAGAAGUUGCUAGCGGACUGGGGCGCUCCCUUUAUCUCAGCCUGGAGGAUCACACGCAACUACAGAGUGUGGUUCAUCAACAAGCACCCAGCCAUGGCUGAGAUCACCCCAGGUCAUCCGUUCCAAGGACAGUACAGUGCUGCUGAUCUGAAACUAAGAUUCUCACACUCGGUGCAGAACAGUGAGCGCGGGAAGAAGAUGGGGGCAGCUGUGAUCACCACCAGUCGGAGUGUUGUGCAGACUGGGAAGGCAGUAGGUCAGUCGGUGGGUGGAGCUCUGAGCAGCGCUAAGUCAGCCAUGUCCUCCUGGUUCUCUACGUUGGCACCGCCAGCUAUCGUACCCACUCCAGCAGCCUCACCAGAGCCUCCGUUACCUACAGAGAUCAAGCCUUGACCACCUGCCUGUCCCCCUCACCCAGUCUCUUCUCACAGCAGCUGUCUAGCAGGAGAGACUAGGGUUAACCUACCCCCCCUCAACAGUUCUCCCCUGACUCUCUCAAUUAAUCUUUCCUUGAUUUCUUGCACUCUUUCUCCUCAUUCUCAAACCCCAUUGGAGAAAAAAGUCAAGAGGGAGGAGGGAUCUUGGACUGUGACCUCCAAUACAGUUGAGGCAAGGAGAUACUUCUCCUCUCAGAUCACAACAUAUUUUUUAUUUAACCUUUAUUUAACUAGGCAAGUCAGUUAAGAAUAAAUUAUUAUAUACUACCGGAGAACAGUGGGUUAACUGCCUGUUCAGGGGCAGAACGACAGAUUUGUACC